GUGAACACCUACCGUAAGCACCCUGUUUAUUGCAGAGCAUUUCGCUAGUAGCCGAUCAGAACACAUUGUAAACAAUUGCAUGUACGCGAGAAGGUGACUCGUGACCUGUGACUUAUGACCAAGGUCAUAGUGGACAGGAUCGAUAUGCAAAUUAGGGUGGCGCGUAUGCAAAUGCAGGAUGGAACAAAGUUAAAACCAAUCAAAGAUCAUGAAUACGCGUCAUGACGCUAUCUCGAGCGGGAAACACAAUUCACGUACAUGUAGCUGUCAUUCUGUCACAGCCAUCCAAAGGAGGCGGAGGGUGCAUUUUGUUGUGAGAUUAAACACAACAAUUUCGUCGUUUCGCGAUGUAUCGUGCGAAUAUUUCUCGCCAACGUCGCCGCCCUGCGCGGUUUCUGGUGGAGCCUGUGCCUGAGCCAGCCGCCAGUGCCAAGAAGAAAAAGAAAUCUGCGCCCGUGAAGAAGUCAAGAUCACGGAGGGCUCCAGCUCGCACUGCCCCCUCCGCCUCCUUUGCCGUGCCCGGGGCGGUCCCGAUCGCCACAGCUCCGCUAUGCCAGCCGGGGUUUGGGUCCACCACCACGGGGCAAUCGGCGCCAGCACACCCGCUGAUCACAUCAGUCGGGCUCUCAACAUCCGGUGCUGCUCCAAGUUUUUCGCCGGUGAUUUCUGCACCGAUUGCCGGGCAGCCGGAGUUCACGCCAGUCACAUCCGGGGCUUCAAUGACAUCCGGGGCUUCAAUGACAUCCGGGGCUUCAAUGACAUCCGGGGCUUCGCUGACAUUCCAAACAGGGUUAUCGCAGCCGGAGUUCACACCAGUCACAUCCGGGGCUUCCAUGACAUCCAGGGUUUCGCGGACAUUCCAACCGCCGGCAGCAUGUCUCGCCGCAUACCAGCCCGUUCACGCAGCCGUACCGUCCUUCGGACAUGUCGGAGCGAUGUCCCCAUCCGUUUUGCCCGCCAGUUGCGGGGCGAUGUCUUCCUUGGCUGGAUCUGGGACAGACAUUCCCGGAGGCCUGUUGCCUCAUGCCAAUUCGGGCUUGGUAUCAUCGCCGGGGAGUUCGGCAGCAUUCAACGGUGCCCCAUCCGCCGCUCCUGCGGCUCCCAUGGCUCCGGCUACUGAUUCGCCAUGUACGACGACCAGCAUGGGGCCAGCUUUGGGCAGUGUCCCAUUGGUGUCACCGGGGGGUGAGUAUGGGUCUCAGCAACCUACUUGUAACGGGCCUAAUUUCGAUAUAUUGAAUAUGCAUCGCCCAUUAUCUAUGGCCCAGGCCAGUGUACAUACCCCAUUGGGUUUUCAUGUUUCGCAGGCACUAAAGGAAAAAAAUUGGCAGGGUUCCUUUAUUGACUUGGCUUUGUUAAGGAAUGACACCGCAAGUGCUGUUUUGGCACGCACUGAUACCCAGGGUACAGAUCUCACUUUUGCGUUGGAGGGGGGCUCUCUUGUCCUGAGAAAACCGGGGGCCACUCGCAAGAAGAUUGAGAGUUUAGAUGCGUGGCAAUCAGCAUUUCACACUUUCAUGGCCAUUUACCUUGUAAAGCAUACAAACAGGUUUGCUGAGCUGCUGCGCUACGCGGAAAUUAUUCGUACCGCACACAUUCAAUUUCCAGGCCAGGGCUGGAAGGUGUACGACGAGCAGUUCAGGCUGAAACAGGAAGCCGACCCUGCUCGUUCCUGGGGUCAAAUUGAUUCCGAGCUGUGGCUGACCGUUGCAGCGGUCGGGCUGAACUCCCCCUCUUACUCACGUGGUGGGCUGCCGGCAGCGCAGACCCCCCGCACAGGGAAUUCUUUUAAGCUCGGGAAUUGUUUUGCUUUUAAUUCAGCCCAAGGUUGCUAUUUUCAGGGAUGCAAAUACGCACACGCUUGCAGUAAAUGCUCGCGCACUGGUCAUGGCGCCACGCGUUGUCGAGCUUGGGGGCAAGCGCGAGGGGCCACUGCAUCCAGUGGUUUUGGCGCAUCGGUUCGGCAUGAGCCUCGAUCCCCGCUACCUGCCAAGCCAAGUGCUGCUGCAGCGUCAGUAAGAGCUCCUGUACUGCAUCAGGGUGCAAAAUCAGCCAAUUUUCGUGCCCCCAACCCCCAUUAAUGUGCCUGUGUUGAUAAAUUGGUUAGGUGAUUAUCCGCUUUCAAGUGUUAGUCAGGUUUUACGAAGUGGUUUCACUGAGGGUUUCUCACUUAACUAUAAUGGUCCUAGGGAAGCACGCGAUUCACAGUGUCUCGCUUCUGCGGCCGAACGUCCCCAGGUGGUUCGCCAAAAGCUAGCCAAUGAAAUUAAUUUGGGGAGGAUUGCCGGGCCAUUUUCUGAACGCCCGUUUCCUAAUUUACAGUGCUCCCCAAUUGGUCUAGUUCCAAAACGUGAGCC